CAUCCAAGCCAGCAACAAUCAGAAAGCUAGAACUAGUUAGCUAACUAGACUAUAUGUUUAUUACUUUGCUAGUCUAAGAAAGCGUUAGGUAGCUGGCUAAUUGUAUCUGAUCUUAACUAGAAAACUUUUAAUCAAUCUGGAGCUAAGCUGCAAUUUUUACAACUGAAAUAUACUUUAAGGGACGAAGACGUUAAUUAGCCAGCUACCUAGCUGUCUGGCUAAUUUUACAUGCACGCCAGAUGACAGAUCUCUCAUCUUGAGACAGGAAAUCCAACGACUGAAACGGCAUUAUGGGUCCGAAAAAGAAAGGAGCGAGGAAGAGGAAGCAAGAGGAAGAGAAUAUAGGCUCAGAAGUGGAGGACGAGAUGGCAAUAGAGGAACCCAAGGAAAACGGGAGGAAGAGAAAAGACAAGAAAAGAGGAAAAAACAAAUAUAUUGGUGCACAUGUUUCCAUAUCAGGUGGGAUAUGGAAGGCGGUAGGGGACUGUUUAGCCCUGGGGGGGCGCAGUUUUGCCCUUUUCCUGGGGUCGCAGCGCUCCUGGCAGAGACCGCCGCUCAACGCCACAGCAGCUGAGAAAUUUCGGAAGGCCUGCGUGGUAAACGGGUUUGAUCCCGUGCACAUACUACCGCACGGAUCCUACCUGAUGAACUGCGGCUCUCCCAAGCAAGACGUGUUUGAGAAGAGCCAGGACCUGCUGGUGGAGGAGCUGAGCCGCUGCAGCGCCCUGGGCCUCUCUCUCUUCAACCUGCACCCGGGCGCGUCCCUGGGCACCAUCACCACCGAGCAGUGCCAGGAGAAGAUCGCCCAGGCCCUGAACCACGCCCACCAGCAGACCCCAGCCGUCGUCACGGUGCUGGAGAACAUGUGUGGCCAGGGCAGCACGGUGGGGGGGCAGUUCAGCGAGCUGCGGGGCAUCAUCGACAGGGUGCGGGAUCAGAGCCGGGUGGGGGUGUGUCUGGAUACCUGCCACGCCUUCGCGGCAGGGUAUGACCUGUCUGCGGAAGGAGGGGUGAAGUCCAUGCUGGAUGAGUUUGACCGGGUGGUGGGACUGUCCUAUCUGCGGGGUGUCCACCUCAACGACUCCAAAGGAAAGCUCGGCUGCCACCUGGACCGGCACGAGGACAUCGGACGCGGCCAGAUCGGAAUACCGGCCUUCCGUGACAUAGUGAACGAGCCCCGUCUGGACAACAUCCCCCUGAUUCUGGAGACGCCCGGACGCCCAGGGUUCGGGGACCAGGAACAGAUUGAGCUGUUAUACUCCCUCUGUAAGGACUAAAGUGCCGGGGCCACCACAUUACCCCCUACUGACCCAAAAACCCCUGUCAGAGGCCAAGCAACUUACACCCGUCUCUUGCCUGCUGUUUCAUGCUGUUCCAUGCUGUUUGUUUUUGAAUGAGUGUUGUUCACAAGGUGAACAUGUUAUUAUUACAUUACGUUAUUAUUACAUUUUUAUAAUAGAAAAAAGUGGUGUAUUUUUCAAAACAUGGGGUAUCCCCCGAAUGGGAAUGACUAGACAAUGGUGCUUGUACUGGCACUUUGUGAAAGUUAACCUCUCUGACCUCUAGAGGGAGACAGAGGUAAAGAAAUAGAAUGGGAGUAACGUCAUAAUGACAGUUUGACAGUGACAACAUCCUCUGGUGUUUGAUCUCUUACUGGUGAGACAGAUGGUCUUCCUUUUCAAGGUCACUGAAUGGAGACAUCCUAAAUGAUCUAAAAGCAGGUGGGCAAUUUCAGGCAUUUAUAAAUUGACCCGAAUAUGUAUUUUCAAGCGGUUCAGAUAAAACAAGGGGCAUUGUCAUCUUCUCCUUUCCACCAGGACAACGUGAUCUAUGACACCUAAACUGUGUGAAUGUAAUGCUUGCAGCUCAGAUGAGUAGCACUGCUGUAGUAUGAAAGUCCAGUCUUUGGGUGUUUGGGGAGAGUAAACCGCUCGGCACAGCCCGUGCAGAGGAGCCAGAGGAAGUUUUCCAGUGAUCUCUGAGUGCAACAGGUGUGCCUUCCCAUCAGCAGCACAGUAGCGAGCGUGAGGCAGGAAACGCGUCGUCCGCUGCGGUUGUGGAAUGAGACGGGAAGCCGAGAGGUGGCCCACGGUGGAAUGUAUCUAAUGCUGAGCGCCGCUAAGAGGAAAUGCCUGCCUGCUGCGUCUGCAUUGGCCUCUGUGGAAAAACGAGCUCCACGAGGGCAGGUCUCUGCGGCCAUCACUGACACGUCUGAAUGCCCAUCCGUAUGAGAUUUGUGUCGUUGCAUUCUGUUUGUCAGCUGAAUCCUUCUCAUUGCACACUGAGGCAAGCAGAACCAGAAGCUUCUCAUCCUUUUAAAGGUUUUUGUGGUUAGUAGGCAGUUUAUUUUUUUUAAAAGUGAGAGUUGUAUCUGCUUCAUAUUUUGAUAGUGCUUCUUUGGACAGUUCAAGCAAAACCUACCUCUCAUUUAUUAUGAGAUCCACAUCCACAGACAUCUUAAAAUAUUUCCUUGAGAACAUUUCUGUGUUGCAUUAUCAUCGACAACAUCACUGUCAUCUUCAUAAGUACAAAUGUGAUUAUCAAAAUGAAAGUCUGACAGAUUUGAAACAAAGAAAUGUGGCAAUUUAUAGCUUUUCCUCCUCAUAUCCUCCCUUCUUUUCAGCUGUCAAUCAUUUUGUCUCCUCCCAUACACCCGAGCUUGUUAUUAAAGAGGUAGUAUAUGAGGGAGUGAAAGCUCUGUUCACAGACCCGUCUCCUGACUCAGACUGGCUGGAAUGUUCAGGCCCAUUCCUAACAACACCCUCCUAAAACCAGCCCACCAGCAGCCACUGAUACUCACGCAUGCAGACGCCAGCUGAAUCAGCACUUUAUCCCAGGGACAAAUUCUGUCCUCUUAGUUCAUGGUAGUGAAGAUUUGUGAGUGUGUGUGUGUGUGUGUGUGUGUUUAGAUUGUAGGGGUGGGAGGAUAUAAAAAAUUGAAGAAGCUUUUAA